UAACGUGCAUAAAUUUUAAGAUAUUUUUAUAAAAAGUUGUCUGUUCUUUUACAAAAAUAGUUUUUUGUAUGUAGUAGUGAUUUGUUUUGUCAGUCAAAAGUUUUCACUUUCACCUGUCGUCAAAUUUUCUAAUAGUUUGCAGUGACAAUUUUUAGACCUAAAAAUGGAGCGAUUGGAGCCCGAACAGGGGAAAACACUGGAUUGGAUGUACGAUGGUCCGAGUGCUCUUGUUAAUCGAGAAGACUAUCUUUUGGGGAGGAAAGUUGACAAAUCGUUUCAAAUGCUGGAAGCAGCAGAAAAAGGGAAUAGUGCUUGGUUAUCAGAAGCUGAAAAAGACUUGACUCCUCAGUCCAUCUUAAAACCGUCAGGAACUGGUGGAGCAGUCGAUGUUGUCAGGAAAAUUAAAGAUGACCCUUUAUACCAAAUCCAGAAAAAGGAACAAGAAUAUCGCAAGCAGAUACUACAGAACCCAGUUUUAUUAAAGAAAAUCCAACAACAACACGGCAUUGUUUCUGAAGAGAGUUCUACAUCCAAAAAAAGUAAAAAGGUUAAGAAAUCUAAAACUAAAAAGCACAAAACGAAGGACAAGAAUAGCAGUGACAAUGAUACUAGCAGUAGCAGCGAUGAAGAAAUUAACCAGUUACUCAAGUCCUUAACAAAUUCAAAAGACAUUACCAAAUUAUUGGGUUCCCAAUCUUCAACAGCAACUAAAGGUCACCACAAAGAUAAACCCACCAAUGAAAAAGGACAAAGGCAACGACGUCAUGAUUCUGAUAGCGAUGAUGAAGACGAUAGACGACGACAAACUAGAACCAGGUCUACCGAUACUUCAUAUCGAAGGAGGAGAAGAAGUCGAUCUCAUUCUCGGUCUCCUCAACAUCACUGUGAUCAUCGUUUAGAUAAAAGGGACUGUGACAGGAGUCAGCGAGAUUACAGAAGAGAAGUGGUCGACGAGCGAUAUCCAAGGACUUCCACAAGUCGCGAUAAUAGGUACGGUAGCAUUAGAAGAGAGGUUAAUUUAACAUCCAACAGGCCACACUCUUCCACGAAGAAAAAAAUGGACGAAGAUGAGAUGGAACGUAGGCGACAAGAAAUGAUGGGAAACGCAAAAGAAAGAGACGAAGAGAGACAACGCAUCGUAGAAAAACAUCGGGAGGAAAUUCUAAAAGAGCAAGAAUUGCUUGAAAAGAAUCGAAAAACUAACAAACAUGCAACGUUUAUAAGGUUUUACAACUGUUUUUUAUAUAGCAAACAACUUGCGGAUGCAGCUAGCACUGGUAGUGUGGAACAACGAGUCAGAUCAAACGCUUAUAAUAUUCAAAGAUCAAAGUUUUCAAUGGACACCAAUUUCGCCAGACGAUAAUUUGUCCGGAAAAUUAUCUAUACGUGUCGGUCGGAGUACUCUGCAUGAGUGAUCACACUCGUCUCGUGUUGUUAUAAAGUACUACGUAAAAGCAAUAAGUGUUACAUACAUAUGUAUUUGAAAUCAAGUAAUACUUCGUCCAACGAUUUAAAAAAAUACAUAUUUACGUGUUGUUAUGUGAAAGAAUAAAUGUAAUAAAGUAUGUAUUUUGUA